UUCCCCGGCUUUGACGACCUCUACUGCAAGUUCUGCUUUGUCUACGGCCAAGACUGGGUUCCCACAGCGGGCCUGGAGGAGGGCAUCUCCCAGAUCGCCUCCAAGAGUGAUGUCGCGCCCACCAUGCUUGUCUGGAACUUCCCCAUCAACAUCACCUUCAAGAGCACCAACCCAUCCGGCUGGCCGCAGAUUGUAGUGAGCGUCUACGGACUCGACUUUUUUGGAAACGAUGUGGUCAGAGGUUAUGGAGCUGUUCACGUUCCCUUUACACCGGGAAGGCAUACAAAAACCAUCGCUAUGUUUGUUCCAGAGUCCACAUCCAGGCUGCAGAAGUUUACAAGUUGGUUCACAGGGAGACAUCCAGAGUUCACUGACCCCAGAGUGGUGGCACAGGGAGAAGGAAGAGAAGUAACCAGGGUGCGAUCCCAAGGCUUUGUGACCAUCUCCUUCAACGUAGUGACCAAAGAUAUGAAGAAGCUGGGCUACGACGUCCGCCCGAGCGACAUGCAGAACCCUCCCCCGGUGCCCAUCGUUAAAGGGAUUCCCAAGUACUGA